UUUUCCUCUGGUGAUGAUCUGAAGCUAGUUAACCUUAGCAUUGUUUACAGCGGAGUGAAAAUCAUCGACCCUCCCCCACCCGGCUUUAUCAGCUCCUCCUACUUGGCAAGAUAGCCAGCUAGCUGUAGAUGUAAAAGCGAAUAGAAAUCCAGCUGAUUUAACGUACCACUGAGCAACUGAUGUAUGAUAAUUUAUCCAGAAAACACAAGAGACUGUCUUUGUAGACCGCUUUUCCAAUGGAAUUUACGACACGAUGGCCAGCUAGUGGGUAGUGAGAGGCUAGCUGCAGCUAGCUGGUAGCUAACAAUCCGGCUAGCACCUGGAGCCGGGGCAGUAUCUCUGGUGACGAGCGUGGAAGUCUGUUUUCUAGUCAUGCUGUUAUUCGUUUAACCGAGCUUGGUUUGUGUGUUGGUUACACGAAUUUAGCUAUGUUUCUGUCUGAAAUGUGGAGGUCACUGUACCGAACCGAUGAUAGUUAUGUGGGUCAUAGGCAUUGUCUGGCUUACAUAUUAGCUUGAACAGCUGGUCAGCUAGAAAGCUUGCGAAGAUUUUGUAUUUGUCUUGGACAAUAACGUAAAUGCACGUAGUGUGUUAGUGAGAGUUCCUCCACAGUUUGAAUGGCUGAGGCUAUCACCGGGCUUAACACCCUUUUAUUUCACAUUUUGGAGUCGUCGCAGACUGGCGCUAGCUAGCCGGAUACUGUUAGCGGAGUUAACCGAACAGCUUCACUAACCAGGUAAGCUAGCCUGCUACCAACAAAGGUGACUUAGUCCACUGAUGAAAGUUUUAGUCGUUGAGUUGUUUGUUAGCUGUACGUCCAGGACAUGAAUUCAUCUGUGCUUUAACCAGCAUGCUUCGGACUUGAUGCGCAUGUCUCUACAUCUUGGCUAGAUAAUCGCGCUUCAGUUUGGCUGCAGUGAUAACACACAGUAUCUCUGCUGUUCUCCGUCUUGGCACCGAGCUCGCUUGUUUACUUCGGCAGCGUUUCAUAUCAUGCCUGGUCUUCCCUGUAUGGACACAUCGGAAUCUAAAGGAUCAUGCUGACUGAGGAGCGGUGUUUCCUCUGCACCUAGCCGGGAAGCAGCGGCAGCAGCUUGGUGUCGCUCAGGUAAAGUGAGCCGUUUCGGGGCUUGGUGAUAGGAGGAUGGCAUUUCACGGCCCAGGCCGGCAGACUGUUUGUGGUGACUUGUUUCCGGGCUCUGAGCUGGGCCACAAGUAUUUCUGUGUCAACUCGUCCUGCGGAGCCCCUUCCACGGGCCUCAGCGCCACACCGUGCAUGACCGGACCCACUGCCCCAGCCGGGACCCCUCGUCAUCCCACAGGUCUCGGGGGAAGCACCGGUGGAGGAGCAGCGGUACCUCAGCCUUACAGCAACCCGGCCAGCGAGGUGCCCAGCCCUGCAGAGAUGGAGCCGGACCGCCCCAUCGGUUAUGGCGCAUUCGGUGUCGUCUGGUCAGUUACCGAUCCCCGAGAUGGUCGGAAGGUGGCUUUGAAGAAGAUGCCUAAUGUCUUCCAGAACCUGGUCUCCUGUAAGAGGGUCUUCAGAGAGCUGAGGAUGCUGUGCUUCUUCAAACACGAUAAUGUUUUGUCAGCUCUGGACAUUCUGCAGCCUCCACAAAUCGACUGCUUUGAGGAAAUCUAUGUGAUAACAGAGCUGAUGCAGAGCGACCUCCACAAAGUGAUCGUGUCCCCACAGCCUCUUACCACUGACCACAUCAAGGUCUUUCUCUAUCAGAUCCUCCGAGGUUUGAAGUACCUGCAUUCUGCUGGGAUCCUGCAUAGGGACAUCAAACCCGGAAACCUGCUGGUUAACAGCAACUGUCUGCUCAAGAUUUGUGAUUUCGGCUUGGCACGUGUGGAGGAGCCCGACCCGUCAUGUCACAUGACACAGGAGGUGGUGACUCAGUACUACAGAGCGCCUGAGGUGCUGAUGGGCUGCCGGCACUAUGGCUCAGCCAUCGACGUCUGGUCAGUGGGCUGCAUCUUUGCAGAACUACUGGGCCGACGUAUCCUCUUCCAGGCUCAGAGCCCGAUUCAGCAGCUCGAUUUGAUCACAGACCUGCUGGGAACUCCUCCUCUGUCAGCCCUAGCGUCAGCCUGUGAAGGAGCCAGAGCCCACAUCCUGAGGGGGCCGCACAAACCGCUGUCGCUGUCGGUGCUCUACAUGCUGUCUGACGGAGCCACACACGAGGCGGUGCACCUGCUCUGUCGGAUGCUGGUCUUUGAUCCGGCUAAAAGGAUUUCUGGCAGCGAUGCCCUAUCCCACCCUUACCUGGAUGAAGGGCGUUUGCGGUACCACACCUGUAUGUGCCAGUGCUGCUACUCUGUUCCCAGCGGCCGCGUUUACACUCGGGACUUUGAGCCGGUAGCUGAGCGGCCGUUCAGCCACAGCUAUGAGAACAGUCUGCUGUCUGUGUGGCAGGGAAAAGAGUUAAUCCAUCGCUUUAUCACGGAGCACCAGCAGGGAAAACGAGUGCCGCUGUGCAUCAACCCUCAGAGUGCUGCCUUCAAGACCUUCAUCAGGUCCACUGCGUGGCACUCCUCCAAGGUGUCCAGGAAGGAGGAGAGAUGAACGGUCCUCUUCUUCAACUCCAGGAGCGACAGCAUUUUGACAGAGGAUUUCAUUGGCCAUGUCAUCUGAAAAUAUCAAAGAGUUUGGGUCUUUUCUACCCCCUACCCCCCAUCCCCCCUUCAUCUGGUGAGGUGCAGAGGGGAACCUACACCUCUAGCCGCAGUGGGAAAAAAAUGACCAACCCACUUCCUGAAACUCCUCAAAUAGUUUCCCUCUACAAAUCUAUAAAGUUUCCUGAAUAUGAAAACUGCCACUUAGUUCUUUUAAACGACCCAAACACAUGAUGCUCCAGGCGCUUUUGGUGCUCAGUAAAAAAACAAAAAAAAAAAUGCUGCUAAAGACCUUGAUGAGGAAUAAGAGAGUCAAAAACUGAACUGUGUACUUGAUCGGCUUUUCCAUCUCUACUGGUAGAGACAUUGAGGAAUAAUGAUUUAAUGUUUUGGUAGGAUUGUGGCUUAGUUGGUUUUUGAAGUCAUUCCAGCCCUGUGCAAUAUGGUUUAAUUUAAAUGCAGAUGAAAGAAGUGGGGGAGCUGAACACUCGGAGCGUGCUGUCUUGACAACUUGCUACCUGAUCGUGUAUUGGAUCAGUGUGUCACGAACCCCCCUCUCCCACACCCACCAAGCAGCAUUGCACCAUUAACCGCCAAACAUCUCCGAGGUUUUCCUUUUUUUAAUUCAAACUGCAUUUGAACACAUCGUUCACUGUGUUUUUGGCACACGGCGUGUUUUGCAGUGACAAUAAUGCAAUUUAACAGAUGUAGCAGGUUUUAACCACAGUUCCCAGGUGUUUCUCUGUACGCAUCGCUGCUGUCAUUUUUUGUUCAGCUUUUCUUGUUCGUGUGAGUCCUUUUAUUCCUGGAUCAGUGUUUGACCUCUUUGCAUUUCAUUCAUCAGGAUCAUUGAUUGCAGUUACAAAACUGUGUGAUACAGGAAUUCAUUCCCUAUAGUUGAUUAUAAAGUCUGAUGGUGUCAUCACAUAUUCUUUUAUUUUGAUAGUUAUGGCAGGAAAUAAUGACUUUCAGUGUUUAGUCAUCUUAAAUGGUGUUCUGCAGAUAGAAAGAUGCCAAACCUAUGAAUAUAUACAGCCUUUUUUUUUAUUUAAAAUGUUCAUCGAAUUUCUUGCCACCUCAACACGUAUUAUCUGAACAUGUAGGCCCACCACAAAUGUCCCCAGUGUUAUUAUUUUCAUGAUGAUGACCUCAGAUGUUUGCCCCACCAGCAGAGAGAGAGAGAAACAGAGA